CGCUCCAGGAGCGAGUGGGCCGUGGUUCUGCGCACCGCCAGGCUUCGGGGCUGCGACGCCUCCGGGAGGAGGAGUCUGGGGGCGCGGAGGGGUGUUCGGAGCGCCGGGGACCGCGGAGAUCGUCGGCGCGGUUCGGCGCCCCCGCCUGCCCGGCGCCGACCGCCUGCGCUGCUCGGUCCCGGGCUGGGCGCGGUGGCGUUGCCCAGGAGCCCGCCGCCCGCGGGGCGCGCACCGCCUUGACCCCGGCGGCCCCGCGGCAGGCAGGCGCCCGCAGUUCCAUGGUUGGUUCGGAGCGCGAUGAGCCGCCCGUCCUCCACCGGCCCCAGCGCUAACAAACCCUGCAGCAAGCAGCCGCCGCCGCAGCCCCAGCACGCUCAGUCCCCGACAGCGCCCCCGGCCGCCGCCACCAUCUCGGCUGCGGGCCCCGGCUCGUCCGCGGUGCCCGCCGCGGCGGCGGUGAUCUCGGGCCCCGGCGGCGGCGGGGCUGGCCCGGUGUCCCCGCAGCACCACGAGCUGACCUCGCUCUUCGAGUGCCCGGUCUGCUUUGACUAUGUCCUGCCCCCCAUCCUGCAGUGCCAGGCCGGGCACUUGGUGUGUAACCAAUGCCGCCAGAAGUUGAGCUGCUGCCCGACGUGCAGGGGCGCCCUGACGCCCAGCAUCAGGAACCUGGCUAUGGAGAAGGUGGCCUCGGCAGUCCUGUUUCCCUGCAAGUACGCCACCACGGGCUGUUCCCUGACCCUGCACCACACGGAGAAGCCGGAGCACGAAGACAUCUGUGAAUUCCGUCCCUACUCGUGCCCCUGUCCCGGUGCUUCCUGCAAGUGGCAGGGGUCCCUGGAGGCCGUGAUGUCCCACCUCAUGCACGCCCACAAGAGCAUCACCACCCUUCAGGGGGAAGACAUCGUCUUCCUGGCCACGGACAUUAACCUGCCGGGGGCCGUGGACUGGGUGAUGAUGCAGUCGUGCUUCGGCCACCACUUCAUGCUGGUGCUGGAGAAGCAAGAGAAGUACGAGGGCCACCAGCAGUUCUUCGCCAUCGUCCUGCUCAUCGGCACCCGGAAGCAGGCCGAGAACUUCGCCUACAGGCUGGAGCUGAACGGGAACCGCAGGAGACUGACCUGGGAGGCCACGCCCCGGUCCAUCCACGACGGCGUGUCCUCGGCCAUCGUGAACAGCGACUGCCUGGUGUUCGACACGGCCAUAGCGCACCUUUUUGCCGAUAACGGGAACCUCGGAAUCAAUGUGACCAUCUCUACGUGUUGUCCGUGACGCACCAAGAUGAUCCGGGCGUAGCGCUCUGUGGUUAAUAAAGGUUUUUACAGAUGUCUUA